CAAAAUUCUUCGUGGCGCUGGGUAGUCGUGUUGUAGAGUAAACUACAUAGGAACGGUGAAAGCUGUCGAAGAAAUGGACACCGACUUUGAACCGCUGGCUCCCAGCUUGGAAAAUAUAAUCGAACAGGAAACAUUGAAGUGGAUUUUUGUUGGCGGAAAAGGCGGUGUUGGCAAAACGACGUGCAGCUGUAGUCUGGCCGUGCAGCUGGCAAAGGUUCGCGAAUCGGUGCUGAUUAUAUCGACCGAUCCGGCACACAAUAUUUCCGAUGCUUUCGAUCAGAAGUUUACCAAGGUUCCGAGCAAAGUGAAUGGGUACGAUAAUCUUUUCGCGAUGGAGAUUGAUCCGAACGUUGGUCUCAACGAGCUGCCUGAUGAGUAUUUCGAGGGAGAAAACGCUGCGAUGAAGCUAAGCAAAGGAGUGUUUCAGGAGGUCAUUGGAGCACUGCCCGGUAUAGACGAAGCGAUGAGUUAUGCGGAAGUUAUGAAGUUGGUAAAAGCUAUGAAUUUUUCUGUGGUUGUUUUUGAUACGGCUCCGACAGGACACACACUGAGACUGCUAUCGUUUCCACAAGUGGUAGAAAAGGGUCUCGGUAAAUUAUUGCGGCUGAAGAUGAAACUGGGACCAUUCAUUUCCCAGUUGGGAUCACUAUUUGGUAUGCAGGAUUUUAACGCUGAUACAUUGACUAGCAAACUGGAAGAGAUGUUAACUAUUAUUCGACAAGUGAAUGAACAGUUUCGCAAUCCCAAUCAAACAACCUUCGUAUGUGUGUGCAUCGCCGAAUUUUUAUCGCUGUACGAAACCGAAAGGCUGGUGCAGGAGCUGACUAAAUGUGGAAUAGACACGCACAACAUUAUCGUCAACCAGUUGCUUUUCCGGCGGGAAGGUCAGGAACCGUGUGCAAUGUGCUCCGCACGGUAUAAGGUACAGGAAAAGUAUUUAGAUCAGAUAGCUGAUUUGUAUGAAGAUUUCCACGUCGUCAAAUUGCCACUGCUGGACAGCGAGGUACGUGGUGGGGAAAAAUUGAAAAAGUUUUCGGAGAAUCUUAUUAAACCGUAUUGUCCGAAUGGUGAAACAGCAAAGCAAAGUGAGUAGUAAGGCAAACAAUAGGUAUGACUGUGUGGUUCCUGGAUGAAAGUGAUUUGGGCGGUUGAACAAAUUAUCUCCAUGCUAUGCGUAAUAUUCUAUCAAUAAGCACCCGGGUUUUAGAGUUGAACAUAUUUAGUUGUCCCUAAACAUAUUGGAAAGCAAAACUGGUAUAUAGGUACUUGAAAAUUGUGCAAGAAGUUCCUUAGUAAUGGAUUCCAAUAAAUUUAUUAGGUAUGAUGU